UAGAAACUGGGAAGAAUUAUUUUUAUUUUUUGCCCAGUUAUUACCAACACAUAAAAAUUUGCCAUCUGUAUUUUUCUCUUGGAUGCAAGAUUUUUUUAUGCGUUAAUCUAUUUUCCAUUUUUUGGCAGUACAGUUUUGCACCCAAUUUUUCACACGUAUAUUGUUUUUCUAAUGGAAGCGAACGGGAGGAGGCCUACGGCUCCCGGCAUACCAGCCCGGCAGUGGGAUGGGACACCGAAUAGACCGCCAGCAUCCACACCUCCUCCAUCUUUAAGGAAUGCCGCUGUGCCGACGCCACGAGAAGAUGAAACAAAACCGGUGGAUAAGCGAGCGCCACGGCUAGUGCUCAUUGACCCCAACAUCGGGCUCCCUUCGAGAGAUCCUAAUCCGGAUGAGCCCACAGGAAUAUGGUACACACUGAGGAAAUCUAUUCGAGCGUUCUGGGCUACGCGAGAAACCGAAGCAACCGUCACCAACCGGGAAGCAUACGUGAGAACGACCUUACGCGAGCUAUUCGUCUAUGUCUUGUUCCUUGCGUGCAUUAUGAUGAUGACCUUUGGCGCGACUGAUUCUUCUAUGUUCUACCUGCAUCGAGCAAUGGAAUUAUCGUUCGUAGAAACCUCCCCGAGACCCUUCACUCAGCUGGUUUCGUUCAACGAUGUUUACGAGUAUUACGAAGUCUCCUUAAUAAAUGGAUUAUUUUGGGAAGAUUUGAUGGAACUCCCUAAGCCCAAUCGCUCAGACAUACCGGACAUUUUAUUUUCGCCAGAGUUCCAGAAUAUGACAGAUUUUGAUCCCCACGCGAAUUUUAUCUUUUACCACAACAAAAUGUUGGGUGUGCCAAGGAUGCGGCAACUGCGAGUUCGCAAUGGAAGCUGCGGAAUUCCGGAACAAUUUCAAAGCUUUAUAUAUUCUUGUUUUAAUCACUUCACAAAGUCGGCUGAGGAUCAACUUCCAUUCGGCGGAGCGAACGUAACAUGGACCUAUACACCAAUGUCAAACUCUUCGCUCGCUGCGCAUUGGGGAAAAAUCUGCACUUACCAUGACGGUGGAUUUAUACAAAAUCUCAAUUUAACGAAAAACGCAACUGUAAAUAUCAUAAAACAAAUGCGUCAACAUCGGUGGCUGAGCGAAGGCACCCGGGCAGUUUUCAUUGACCUUUCCACAUACAACGCAAAUCUCAAUUUAUUCGCCAUCAUUCGAUUGGUAACAGAAUUUCCGGCGACCGGUGGUCUGGUCAAUUCCGCAGACAUUCGCGUGAGCAAGUUCAUCAAAUACGUGGACAAUUGGGAUUAUGUUGUGCUGUUAUUCGAGGGGCUAUUUAUUGUGUUUGUGCUGUAUUAUGUUGGUGAGGAAACAGUGGAAUUGUUGACCUUAAGACAUCAUUACUUCCGCUCGUUCUGGAAUGUGUUGGAUCUCAUUGUUUUGGCCAUCUCCAUCUGCUGCAUUGCAUUCGAAAUCCAGCGUUACAUGAUGGUAGAAGAAUUUCUUGGCACGCUUCUCAGCAAACGGAAUGAAUUCGUUGACUUUCAAUAUUUAAGUUUUUACCAUGCGUGCCUUAAUAACGCCUUUGCCGUUUUGGGAUUUCUUGCCUGGAUCAAGCUGUUUAAGUAUCUCAGUUUUAACAAAACCAUGAUGCAGUUGAGCUAUACCUUGUCGAAGGCGGCCAAAGACAUUUUCAACUUCGCCAUAAUGUUUUUCAUCGUAUUCUUCUCCUUUGCGCAGCUAGGGUACUUCAUGUUUGGAACACAGCUGGAAGGAUACAGCGAUAUUGGCAGUGCAGCCAUGACCUUACUUCGAGUGAUUCUGGGUGACUUUGAUUUCGACCAACUGCAGAACGCUAACAGCGUUUUAGGACCGAUAUUCUUCUUUACCUACAUCUUCUUCGUCUUUUUCGUGCUGUUCAACAUGUUUCUGGCCAUCAUCAACGAGACCUACGCGGCCGUCAAAGAAGAUCUGGCUACGCGUAGAAGUGAUUUUGAUAUUGGCGAAUAUAUCAAGAAAGGAUUCGACCGAAUUCUGCGUAAGCUUAACUGGAAAUCGUUGAGGAAAAAAAAGCAAGAAGAACUUUUAGUCCAUGAUAAAGUCCUGAAACAGAAAGCCCUGGAUGAAUUGGCCCGCUGGCAGGACGACCUGAAGAACAGGGGAUACACCGAAGAAGAAAUCAAGACCGUUUUCGGCAACAGUGCGCUACUUCCGGGACAGGAAGAAUACGAAACAAUCGGAGGGAUCGAUGCCGCGAAGUUCAAUGAAAUGGAAAAGCGAAUGCAAAAAAUCGAAAGCGCUCUUAAAGCCAUCAUUGGGCAUUUCGAUGCAGCGCUCAACAAGCUGGACAUGAUGGAAAGAGCUAAACUGAACAGAGCAAAGAAAAUGGACGCUAUCAUUGACCACCUGGACGAGGGAGAGUUCGUUACAAAUGAACGUAAGGAAGAGCUAACAGCUCAAGAUAUCCAGAAGCGUCGUAACCGGAAACGAUCGUCAAGACCUUAAGGAGCGGACCUAACCGGGAAACCACUGCCUUGCUCGCAAGGACCAACCUUAAUCAAUCAAGCAGCCAUCUGAAUAAGUAUUUGCAACUACAGUCAAGGAAGUGCUGCGUUGCUGGAAAGUGUGAAAGAUUCAUAUCGUGUGAACUGUUGAGUACCUGCCUACCAUCCGCCCCAACAGCAAAGAUGCCAAUGUUUUCUUUUUAUAGCAGAAUAAUUAUUAUGAAUUAAGAAAUUAACUAACGCAAUAAAAAAGAUUACGACGAACAAAGCGACAAUACGGAACGACAACUACAUUUUUUUAGCCUUUAAGCACAAAAUUAAGCGAACCAAAGAUGAAAUAUUAAUCGAUCGCACAAAAUCCCACUUAACACAAUUUAAAGCUUAUCCAAAUAAUUGCUCAAAUCUGGGACACCCUCCUUAAGACCCUUUCGCUUACGGGUGACGGCCACCACUUCGGCAGGCUUGCUCUUGCCGUCCAUGGGAUCACCUGGAAGGAUCUGCCAGUGGUCGAAGACGCACUGAGGGAACGCCUGGCCACCAGUGUUUGAGCGCAGAUCGGCCGUGAAGCCGAAGGACUCGUUUACCGGCAGGUAAGCCUUGACGACGAACAUGGGCGUGCCCACCACUUGGCUUUCCUCGAUGACGUGGCCACGACGACGAUUCAGUACACCGUAGAUACCACCGACAGCCGCCUCCGGACACUGGAUUUCCACCAGGUACACCGGCUCUUGGAGACGAGGAGCGGCAGUCAAGACGCAGGCAUAAAAGCACCGACGAGCUGUGGGGAUGAUCUGACCACCACCACGAUGGAUGGCAUCAGCAUGGAGUGUCACAUCGUGUACGUUGAAGCGGAUACCACGACAAUUCUCUUCACAGAGUACACCUUCCUUUGUUGCCCACU